GAAUCUACAUGUCACUUGGACCGUGACGGAGGAAACGGCAGAGGCGUGGUCUCUGUUCCCGCCAACCCUGCCUUUGGUUUAAAUCUAGAGCGCCAACUUUACCAAUUCUGUACGGAAAACUGCUUGGGGACAAAAGACAUUGUACUAAGUCCCGACAUGUAUAAGAUCCUGAGGACGGGUGGAGGCGAGUCCGUCUUAAAUCAUAAACCCUUUAGGAAUUUUAUAAACGUAAUUUAAGACUUAGUAUCUUCCUCAUUACGCAACACACGCGGAGCGCAAACCGGAACAGUCAUUUAAGAGAAGUAAAUGCCUAGAGACUUCAAUGAGGUAUUGUUCCAAGAAACGAGAAAAAUACAAAACUUCCACAUAGAAUAAAAGGGAAGAGUUAACUUGUCUUUAGCUAGCAUUUAGGAUUUCAUGCCUACAAUUGAAAGUGAAAAACAACUAAACAAAGACCCCAAAGAGGUAAAACUCGCUUGACGUAAAACGGUUAGUGUGAAAUGAAACAUUUUGAUUGGUUAACAAGACUUGUUCUAAUGACCACUAAAGAAGCACGGCCAAUCUAUUAUUUACAUGGACCCCGCCCCCUCUGUGACGACACUAUCGUGAAUUAACCAAUGAAAACGCACCACUGUGUGAGCCUUCAUUUGCAUACAAGCUCUAUAAGUAGCGCGUAAGUAGGCCGUUUUGUUGUAGUCGGGGAUUACUUCUUGUGGUGUCUCCUGCUUCACUCCGUUGAAAAUGCCGGAUCCAGCAAAAUCUGCUCCUGCUCCUAAGAAAGGCUCUAAAAAGGCUGUUACGAAAGUACAGAAGAAGGAUGGCAAGAAGCGCAAGCGCAGCCGGAAGGAGAGCUAUUCCGUUUACGUGUACAAGGUGCUGAAGCAGGUCCACCCCGACACCGGCAUCUCGUCCAAGGCCAUGGGCAUCAUGAACUCGUUCGUCAACGACAUCUUCGAGCGCAUCGCCGGCGAGGCGUCCCGCCUGGCGCAUUACAACAAGCGCUCCACCAUCACGUCCCGCGAGAUCCAGACGGCCGUGCGCCUGCUGCUGCCCGGCGAGCUGGCCAAGCACGCCGUGUCCGAGGGCACCAAGGCGGUCACCAAGUACACCAGCUCCAAGUAUCUGUCACAAAUUUUAUUCAAUAUAGUCAUGUGCUUCUCCACUGGCCUGCUUGUAAGUCCUGAUCUAGCUCCUCCCAUAACUUCUAUCCUAGUGACUUCAACCAGGGAGAGAUUUUUGCCAUUCCUCAUUCACGUGGAACACCUGGCACUAUGUGGAGAUAAAAUUUUUGAUUGUCAUGUUGCAAAGGUGCUACUGGUAUCUAAAUGGGCAGAGGCUGGGAAUACUGUUAAGCAUCUUAUGCACAGCAGUCUCCCCACAACAAAGAAUUACCUGGUUCAUGAUGUUGAUCUUUGUGUGGAGACUGAAACUCAGCACCCAAAGACCUCCCUGACCUUGAGAAUUAAAUCUUGAUUUUGAUCAAACCUUC